CAUAAAUAUGUUCGCGAAGGGUUCACUACUAAGGGUCAUGAGGCCUGUUGGAUUGCCUUUAUACAGGCUAAGGAGAUUGCCUUAUCAGUACUCCAGAUCUUUCUUCUGAUCUAAAACCUCUGAGUUUUAUGAAUUUGACAAAUUUGAUAUAAUUCCUAAGUACCAAUACACUGAAAAGGACAUAGCUCCUGAAGGAGAAGAGGACAUACUUCAGGACCUCCAGCGUCAGAAAUUACCUCUGUACCAAUGAAUUGUAGUAGAAAUUGUCAAUUAUUUGAAAAAGGAUGAGUUCUUUUCAGAAUUUGCUCCAUUUGUGAAUGAUAAUGACAUUUUCAUUAAACUUCUCUGCUUGCAUAUCUCAAUGGUGACCAACUCGCUUAUUUAUGGAAGUUUAGACCCAGAGAGUGAUAUUAAAGGUCUGGCAAAGCUGAAGCUACAUUAUGAGUUAAGAAAAGGGACUUUCAUAAUGAACUCCUGCCGAUAUCCACAACCAUUCAUGAGUUAUCUCUAUGACCAGUUCCACAGCCAUCUACCUGAGGAGUUGUUCUACGACGAUUUUGUUGAUUUCAUGAAGAGUAGGUACAAGCCUAUCAACACCUUCGUUCAAGCUUGAACACAGAAGAAGUUUCCUGAUGAGAAGAUUUCGAGAGGGCUGUGAAAAAUUAUUGAUUCUGAGUUGUUCCAAGAAGACCAUCCCUUGAUUGGGAAGUUGACUCUCUACACUCAGGCUCAUUUCCAGUACCUCCAGAGUCUGUCCAUUAAUGACAUCAUCUUCCACAAGAUCUACUGGGGAUUAAAGAAGGUUUAUAAACUCGAUAUUUCCAGUGGUGAAGAAGAGGGCUAAAUUUCAAUCUUAA